AUGGGCUCGGGGGAGGCAGAUCCGGGGAGUGAGAAAGGGUCCGGCGAGGAGGUGCCGCUGGCGUCGCUGGUUCCCUGCUCGAUCUGCUUGGAGCCGGUGAAGGACGGUGGCGAACGGUCUACGGCUAAGCUGCAAUGCGGGCAUCGAUUUCAUCUAGGUUAGUUCCGGACGAUGGCUUAAUAUUUUAGGAAUUUUAAGUUAACGAGUCUAUCUUUCUAUGCGUGAGCUCUCCUGCAUUUGGUGAAAGGGACGAACUUUCCAUCUGUUGUUGCUGCGGCGAUAAUUUUAAUUAAGAAAUUCUGUGGAUCAUCGGUAUAUUUUCUUGAGAUUUACAUACCUCAAGGAAAAGCAUGGCGACUCUUGUGAACUGGAAAGUUUUAGGAGUUCAGCUUCCAAAUUUUCACAGAUAGGGAACGAAUUUAAGCUAAUGUCAUGAAUUCUACCGCAGAUAUUUGCUGUUUUUCAAGUAAAAUAAAAAAUUUCCUGUAACUCUUGGUUUUCAGACAAAGAAUUCAGUUUUAGAAAAACUGAGUUUGUAGAAUUGGAUGCAGAAGUUUUAUUGUGUGUGUGAUGAUCAUAUACUUUGUUAGACUCGUUUGACCUUCGAAAACUGUUGUUUACUUCUCUUCGUCGUCACUUUAAAUCAAAAGGUUUUAUUUAUAACGUCAAGGAUACCUGAAAGAAAGAAAAUUUAUGUUGCAGAAAAUUGCUCAAGAAAUUACGAAUAUAUGAGGGAAAUAAGAGGGUAGGGGGCAGAGCCUUAAAUAAGAGGGAUAGCCCUGGUUUCUGAGCAGUGCAUGGAUGUCACAUGAGGGUACACGUGCUGUGGACUUUGAUGAAAUUCAAAUAAUAUCAAUAUACUUGUUAUCCUUGUACGUUGAAAAGAGCAAUGGUUGAUUCAUUGCCAAGAUGAACAGCAUAUUCAAAUUCCUGAUUCUCUUUUCGGCCUCAAGAAAACUCGUCUUAAAUUACUUAUAUAUUCUUUUUCUUGGUGAACCGAGCCCAACUCAAACUGUAACCAGAGUGCAGUUAUAACAUUUUUAAACUAUCAACUAAAACCCAAUCUAAACCGUGUUUUAACUCUUAAUAAAGGAUGAAAAGUGAACGAAUUCUUGCUGUAAUAAUGACUUUUUUGCUUGUACUCCUAACUUUUCCUUAUUACAGCACAUUUGUCUUCAGUUUUUUGCUCCUGAGGGUUGUCAACCUUCGAACAUUGAAUGGCUUUCUUUACUGCAUGAAUUUGGGAUGGCCAAGCGUACACUGUUCAACAUUGGUGUAAUUUGGGAAGCAGUGGUUUGGGACAUCUCAAAGCUUUGAGAUAGCCACUUCUGACUGGGUCUUGAUUUGAAUAUUGACCCUGUUUUCAUUCAUGCAUUUCUUCAUCCUAUGUUAUGUAUGCUAUUGAAAUUAUCUUUUUAAUGCUAUCUUGUGUUCACUUAUUUGUUACAUAUUUUGCUUUUCAUUAACUGAUCUAACUGUUUGUUUGCAUUCUCUAGAUUGUAUAGGCUCAGCCUUCAAUGCCAAGGGAGUGAUGCAGUGUCCAAAUUGCCGGAAAAUAGAGAAAGGGAAUUGGCUCUAUGCAAAUGGGUGCCGUUCAUAUCCUGAUACAAGUGUGGAUGAGUGGACUCAUGAUGAAGAUCUAUAUGACCUAAAUUACUCGGAAAUGGUAAAUAUCCAUGGCUGGAAGUUAUGAUCUUUUAAAAGUUCUUUCUGUUACAUUCAUUGAACCUGUUUCUUGUUCAAUGCACGGAUACCUUGUGCAUUUUGUUUUAGUUUAGUUAAUUUCUCACUCACAUUAACGCAUUUGCAUGUAAUUUUUUGGUUUCUGUUUCCAAAUAGAUGUGCUUAAACUCCCAAAUUCAAGUGGACAUUUCUGUUCGGUAAUAGCUAACUUACAUGACCAAUGAGUAUGCUCUUCUGGAUUGAAAAUGAUCUGGAACAUCUUGUUUGUAAGUUUUCUUUCUAUCAAUGAAAGCCAGAACGCAGAUUCAGUUGCAGUCAGACUAUGUUUAUAGUUGAAAAGCGGAAAACUAUGUUGAAUACUGCCAAUUCAGUCGCAAUCAGGCUGGUUGAGACUGGCUUGACUCCAAAUAAUGAACUGUUUGAAAUCAGUAGAUUGUUUCAUCUCUUUAACUAUGUGACUUGGCCAAUCCCAUACUGGUCAGGAAUCGGCAAUUCAGAUUCCUUUAGAUAAUGCACGAGUCAGACAAGGUUAGAAACCUUGAAUUUUAGAACUCUCCUUGGCUGGAGAUGUAUCCAAAGUUUGGUAAAAGAUAAUGACACUUAAGAAAUAAAAUCUGUUUGCCAACGUGAAUGCUCUAUUUUCUUUCUUAUCCCAGAUAGGCGUUUGCAAUUUGUACAAGUGCGGUCAAUGCUAAAACGUUAAACAUCAGUUUAUUGAUAAAAUCUCCUUCAAUCGAACAGAUUUUGAAAAUAGUUAUAUUUCUUGUUCUCCUCAUAUUUAUCUUUUGUAUCAUUCUGUGGCCUAAUGAAGGAAAUUCAGGGUCUGUAACAGAUGAGAAACAUUGUAAAGAUAAGGAUCUAUUUCACUUUAUUGGAGCUCCUUCCCUCUUGGGCGAGGGCACAGCUGCAAGGAACAAACAUGAGAGCCGCCAGAAAGUGGGAGAGAGAGAGAGAGGAAAAGAACUUCAUUACUUUAGGGUUAGGGUUCAUGACCCAAUACAUGAUUACUGACUAUUGGAUUGUGUGCUGGGUAUAAGUGGCUCGAUUUGAUAUCCAUAGGUAAUUAGACUUACUAAACCCAAUAACCUUAUCCCCACAUGUAGCUAAUAUCACUAUUCUAACACUUUCCCUCAAGUUGGAGAAUGGAUAUCUUUCACCCCCAAGUUGCUUAACAAUCUUCUCAUGAUAGGUCUAUGUAAUCUUUUGGUGAAGAUGUCUACACAUUACUCCUUGGACUUGACAUAUUAGAUAGUGAGGAUCCCAUUUUCUAUCUUCUCCUUGAUGAAAUGGCUAUUCACCUCCACAUGCUUAAUUCGACUGUGAUGUAUUAGAUUGUGAGCAAUAUAUAUAGCUGACUUGUUGUCACAAAAGAAUUUUGUGGGUGAACCGUAUUGGAUCUUGAGGUCUUCCAAAAUCCCUUUAAUCCAUAAUGCUUCACACACCUUUUGUGUCAUGACUUGAAGUUUGGACUAUGUGUUAGAUCUUGAAACCACUUGUUGCUUCUUGCUGCACUAAGUGAUGCGGUUCCCUCCUAGAAAUGAGCAAUACCCUGAAGUAGAUCAUUUGUCUACAAUAUAACUUGCAUAAUUAGCAUCAUUGAAUAUUUUCAUAUUAGUAUGCCCAUAUGAUUGAAAUAAGAGCCCGUAACUAGGUGUACUCUUUAGAUAGAGAAUUAUCCGUCUUGCCGCAACAUUAUGUACCUCUCUAGUGUCAUGCAUAAAUUGGCUCAAUAAUCUUAAAAUGUGUAGGUAAUAUCUGGUUGAGUGUGAGAUAAAUUGAUCAAUUUACCAAUCAGCCUUUGAUACCUUCCUCUAUCAAUUGGUGAGUUGUCUUCACCUCAACUCAAUUUCCCAUCAUAGUUAAUGAGAGUGAUUGCUGGUUCACUACCACUAGUUCUGAUUUCUUUAAGUAAAUUUAAGGUAUAUUUAAGUUGAGAUAAGAAAAUACCAUGUUUGGAGUAUGUAAUUUUCAUGCCAAGAAAAUAUUUAAAAAUUUUCAAUCUUUUAAUUUCAAAGCAUGUAUAUAAUUUAUCAUUUAACACUUCUAUUUCUAAUGAUCAUCACCAAUAAGUAUUAUAUCAUCAACAUAAACUAAUAAAAUAGGAAUUUCAUUUCUAGAGCAUUUAAAGAAAAGAGUAUGAUCACCAUUAUUUGGCGAUAAUCAUGCAUAGUGGCUGAGAGCUUGUCAAACCAUGCCCUUAGAGAUUGUUUAAGUCCACAUAAAGACUUUAUUAAUUUACACACCAUGUGCUGAUUUUUUUUCUUCCUUAAAACUUUUAGGUAUAUCCAUAUAUAUCUCUUCAUUUAGGGAGCCAUGUGGGAAAAAGUUCUUCACAUCUAAUUGGUGAAGUUGCCAUCCUUUCAUUGCUGCCAUAGAGAUUAAAAUUCUCAUGGUGUUUAAUUUUACUACUAGGCAAAGGUCUCAUUGUAAGUAAUCCCUAAUUUUUGAAUAUAUCCUUUUGCUACCAAUCUAGCCUUGUACCUCUCUACCGUUCCAUUGAGACUAUACUUAAUGGUAAAUACCCAUUUACACCCAAUAGUUCUUUUAUCGCACAGGAGCUUAACUAGUUCUCAUGUGUGAUUUUCGCCAAUUCAUUCAUUUUUAUUUCCAUAAAAAUGAAUGAAUUGACGAAUGGAGUCUACUUUUGUAAGAAAUGAAGAGUGGGCUGUAGAUAACUGAUGUGAGGAUAAAUAGUUAUGUAAUAGAUAAGUAAUAUUCUUACUGAUGUCCUAGUGGACCAACAAGUUUACUACAUUUUCUUGUGAUUUUGAUGGAAGAUUUAGUAUAGUCUCAUGAGUUAGAUCCUUUACUGAAGUAGUGUGUGGGAUUUGCUCACUCUUUCUUCUUGUAUAGGUCUAUCCAAAUCCUUUUUCUAUUGUUAAUUUUUGUGAUUUUGACUCCCCCCCAUCACAAGGGAGUAGAUAACUUCCUUGAGAUGUGGUCAUAUCACCCAUCCUCUCUAUGGGUGAGGGGUCUAAGGCCUCAUUAGUCUUAUAAUAAUUUUCACCUUCAUUCAAAGUGAUGUCUCAAAUGAUAUAGAAUUUCUUAGUUUUUGGGUCAUAACACUUAUACUCUUUUUGAGUUAUUGAGUAGGCCAAGAAUACACACUUAAGUGCCCUUGGGUUGAAUUUCUUGGUAUAAUAUAAAUGUACAUAUGCCACACGGUUGGUUUUACCCUAGAAUAUGAAACUCUAGGACCUUAGUAAAACUUUUCCUUGUCCAAAGUCCUUGAUGGCCAUAUGUUAAUUAGGUGGGUGGCUGUAAGUAAUCUUCCCCCUACAAGUAUUUUAGAAUAUUCUCUUGGAUAAAGAGUGCUCUAAUUACUUCUCAUAAGUGAUGAUUCUUUCUCUCUGCAAUCUCAUUUUGUUGAGGAGUUUUUACACAAGAUGUCUCAUGAAUCACUCCAUUUGUAAGAAAGAAUUGUACUAAAUCCUUAUUGAUGUAAUCCUUUGCAUUAUUUGUUAUAAAACGUUUAAUGCUGAUACUAAAUUAUUGUUUCACCAUUUGGAAAAAUACCUUUAAUUUUUUAAUCUCUUCAAAAUUUUGACUCAUCAAUUAUACCCACGUCAUACGAGUGCAAUCAUCAAUAAAUGUGAUGAACCGACGAUGACCAUACAUGGUCGAUGUUGGUGUUGAUCCUCAUCACUAUCAACCAAGUUAAAAGGUAGAAGGGAUCUUGAGUUAGAGGGAGGUUAAAUAGAUCAUUUAUGUUUAGUUAACUGUCACACCUCACAUAAGAAACUAUUGUUAUCAAGUUCUUUACACAAUUGCAAGAAUAAAUGUUUAAUAGUCAUGAUAGAGAUGUCUUAGGCAACAAUGAAGCAACAUAAGUGGUUCAAUCGACUCGUGACUCCUCCUUGAUGCCACUCUUGGUGUUGUCUCCCCUGCUUGUGCCACUUGUGGAUCCGCCUUUUAUGUUCCACUAGUGCCUCCUAUGUAAUAUAAGCCUCUCCUCUCCUUAGCAAGUCUAGUCCUCCAUCUUGUGUCUUUAUCAUAUAAAAUACAAUCAUCAAGAGUAAUCAAAAGAUCAUGAAUGAUGGAUUGUCUGAGUUUACCAAGGGAGAUUAGGCUUACCGAUAAUAAAGGCAUAUAAAGAAUAUGAUGAAUUUUUUCUAUUCUUGAAAGUUCUAUGAAACCUAUACCAACUACAAGUAUAAGCUUCCCAUCUGUGGUUAGUAUUUGUCUACCAUUAAAACAUGGUUCAUAGGCUUAGAAUUUUUUUUUGAGUGGAGAUAUAUGAUCGGUGGCCCAUGAGUUGAGGAUCCAUGUAUCUCUAUUUCUUAGAUACAUGUUUGUAUGACGUAGAGAAUGGAAACUCAAUGAGAGGAAAGUGUAAGAGAUUGGGAAAUUACCUAAGGAAGCUAUUGAUGAUGCUAUAGAAUUUGAGGUAAUGAGUUGUCGCAACUUCUCAAUCUCCUCCUUGAGUCCAUCAAUUUCUCCAUCCUUGGAAUUUGUUGGUUGAAUGAUAGAUGUCAAGUUCACCUCUCCCUUGGUAGAGCUUGUAGAGCCAAUUUCUUGGCAAUGGGUAGGAAAGGGAGAAAUUGUCACGAGUAUGUCCUUGAAAUUGUCAAGUUCACCUCCAUCCUUGGAAUACACUCAUGUACUCAUGUCCUACUCUCAGAGGCUUACCAUGUAAUUUUCAGCAAUUGUCAUGAGUAUACCUCCUUUUUUGAAAAAAUGAGCAUCAUAAAUUUGCCUUUGGAUUUAGCACUUGCUCAGGGUUUUGGCCUUGUUUUCCUUUAUUAGAAUGUGAAGAGUUUGUCUUGCUCUUCCCUUCCCAGUCACAACUAGUGUUGACUAAUGCUCCAGCCAUGUUCUUCGCUGCCAAUGUUUAGUUAUCAACUUGCUGAGUUUUUUGCUCAAUAUUAUCAGCCUAUUCUCUUUCUUCUAAUAAUUCCUAUAGUUCCUCUAAAUUAGAAACUCUUUCGUUACACAAAAGUGCUGCUUUUUCUGGAAUGUUGUCACAUAGCUGCCCGACUAGAAGAGCCACUCGCUCUGAAGUGUUGUCACACAAGAUCUGUUUAACAAUUAACCAAUUAAUUGUACAAUGGGUGAACUUAAGCUAGAUAACAACCGAUACAAGUAAUCAUUCAAAAUGUAAUUUGUUCAACAAAAUUUGGAUUGGUGGUUGGUUUAUAAUGAUCGACCUCCAUCUAGAUGGUUUUUUAUUUGGCUGCAUACUCUAUCACCAUUUUAUUUCCUUGAGUAAGGUUCAUAGCUUUGGUGGUUAGAUGUGAGAUUUCUCCCUCAUCAUUAUGCUUUGUGUGUAUACGGUGAGCUCUCUCCCAUAUAUCCUUCACUAUUGGAAUCCGAAGGAAGUGGUCACUGAUAGAUGGUCCCAUAUUUUCUACCAACCACAUUUUGAUGAUGGCAUCUGCCUUUUGUCAUAUAUUAUGUCGUGGAUAUGUUGGACUAUGAGGAUUACCACUCUUGAGGUAGUUUAAUUUCCUCUAAAUAAGUAAAAUCAUUUCCACAUAUUCUUCCCAUUGUAAUAAGUUCAAUUCAUUGAACCGAUAUUUGUCAAGAAUUUUUGAGAGCUCGAACCACCUAGGGUACUCCUCAGGUGCACUCAUUAGCAUCAGAGAUAUAGACUAAGGGCUUUUGUCAUGAGUUAGGGUUUGCGGUCUCAACCAAAGAAAGACGAAACUUCGAACCCUAGCUACAGAAAAUAGAGUGCUCAUGGUCUCAAUGCUCAUGGACCUUCAAUGCAGUGAGCUCAAACAGCUCAAAAAGAGGGUUGGAAAGUAUGCACGUGGGACUCUGAUUCCAUGUCAGAGCUCUUCCUACCUUGUGUUAGGGCAUAGUUGCCGGAACAAACAAGAGAGCUGCUAGAAGUGAGAGAGAGAGGAAAAGAACUUCAUUGCUUUAGGGUUAGGGUUUGUGACCCUUUAAUACAUGAUUACUGACUAUCGGAUUGUGUGCUAGAUAUAAGUGGCUCGAUCUGAUACCCAUAGGUGAUUGGACUUUGUAAGCCCAAUAACCUUAUCCCCACAUGUAGCCCAAUAUCACUAUUCUAACACACUUCAAUGUCAACGAAUAAUUGAUAUGGCAUUUUUAAUUAGUUGGUUCAGAUAGUUACAAAUAUACUGAUUUUGUUCAUUUUAAUGAUUGUAUAAAAUUUUAUGUGGCUUAAAAUGUAGAAAACUGUAGUUUGGAUCUAGUUUUCAUCCCUAACAGAACUAAGGGGUUUCUCUUUUCUGGUGUUUCUAAAUUUAUAAUUGGUUUAAUUCAAGGGAUGGCAACCUUAUAAUUUUAUUGCAUUAUACUUAUUCUUGUUGGUUCUUUUUGCAUCUUCUUCUCAUAACCCUUUGAAUAAUUUGUUUUGACUCUGUUAUGCAGCCAUAUGGAGUUCACUGGUGUCCAUUUAGCAGAUUAGCUCAUGUUCAUUCAUCGUUCGAGUGAGUACAAUGCUUAUGUUUUGGAUAAGAUUUUUUAGUGGAUUCCGAUAUCCCUAUUACUUUUUUUUACCCAAAAUAGAUCUUAGUGUUUCCUUUUAGGUUUUCAAAAACCUGGAAUUUCCAGUGUUAUAAAAUAUUGCCUAACACUCUAACAUGGAUUAGUUUUUAGUAAAGUUAUUCGUGUCUUAUGGAUCAUAGUGUUGUCUAGGUGUAUAAUGCUGAACUCAUGAUGUCUUUUUCUAUGCAUCACAUACUGGGAAAAAUGUUUUACCGGUUUGUGUUGGCAUUUCGUUUAGACUUUUUCGAUGAUAAGUUUCUUUUGUUGAAUCUAGUAUGCAUCGAGUUGAUUGGUCUUUUUGAAUCAAAAUCGAGCUAAGCUGGAAAUCCACUUCCAAGAUUGCACCCCUUGUCACUGUAGAUUGAAUAGCCUCAGGGUAUCACGGGGGGUGUAUUUGGCCAGUGGCAUCACUUUUAUUUUAGCAUAUAUCUAAAGAAUGCUGAAGGACCAACUAGAACCUUCGUAUUAUCCAUGUGACUACCAUUGAUUUCUAUCCUAGUGUGAUAUUUUGGUUUUCAUUUUUUCUCCUCAUUAUGGUUGUUCACAGACGAUGUUGGUUUUCUCCUCGCAGUACUAUUUUGUUCAUAUUUUUAGCUUCUUUAUCUUUUUUAUUUGGGUUUCAAUUUUUUGUUUCAUAUUACGAUUUCUUUUCAUUUUCUCCUAUGAUGGGUUUUUUCAUCUCUUUCCUUUCGAAUUCUCUAUUACUCCUCUCCUUUCUUACUUAUUUCAACUCCGCAGAUUUUUUGCAUUGGAACUUCAUUAAAUCUGGUUUUUAAGCCAUAAACGGUCAUCUUAGCUCCUCUUUCCAAAUUGCUGUUUUCCAUCCUCAUGCGAUCUCGUAAUUACCAUGAUAAUUUUUUCCUUAUGUACAUGACUAAUAAUGCGAAUAUAUGCCACUAAGUGGGAUGUUCUCACGUUUCAGAUUUUCCUGUAUGGGCAUGAUUUCUAUCCUCUUGCAAACUUCUUCCCGAUUUUACUUGCAUUUCCAGAAAACUACCCACAUAGCUACCCUUCAUAAAAAUACCCACUUUGUCGGUUAAUGAGGUCUGCACUAAUCUCCCCUCUAUCAAUCGCACCUCAGACUCAUAUAUAUGCUGAUGACAAUAUACGCGGCCAUUUUAUGACAUUAAUUCGCUGACAUUGAAAUCUUCAUUCUCUGCAGGGAGGGCGAAUCUACCUCAAUUUCAUGUAAGUUUUAUGCGCGUCAUCGUAAUUCAUUUACUUUUUUCAAACCCAUCAUCUUGAUUCAAAGGGUUUCUCCGUGACACUUACCUUUCCUUUUGCAAUCACAGAUCACGAUCUAGUCAGCCACCAUGCGGUCUUUGCCGAACAGCCAGCUGCUCCAUCAUCUGCCCAUUCGUGCCCCUAUGUGGCCUACUUUCCCCUACAACAUUCUGCUUCGCAGCCGGCAACAGAUGGUACCGACGAUGCUCCCAUCUUCCACCAUCACUGGGGAAGCCUCUCUGGCCGGUCAGAUCUCCAAUCCUCCCGUCCUUUUCCGGUGGUUGAUCUCCAUUACCGGAGCUGGGAGCCCCAUUCGCCGCCAUACUCAGUCCCCAACGGCCGCAUCGGCGGAGCAGAGCCCGCGGCUGGUCCUCCUGCAGCGAUGAGGCCUACAAGACUCAACUCGGAUGGGCACCUGAGGCCUGGGUCUUUUCUACCUCCUUUCCUCAUUGGGCACGGGUGAGUGGUCAUCUAUCUCUUUCCCAUUUUUGGAAUCAAGAUUAGGUCCUCUCUGAGAAAAAAGACUGCCAGAGAUCCCUCACUAGCAAGGAAUUUUCAUUUCCCAAACAAGUGGGGGGGUGAAUGAGCUGGCCUCGAACUAUUUUUGCCCAGCCGUUUGACCAUAUUUCAGAAGUCAAAGCUUUCUGUUUUUGUUUUUGAAAAACCAUUUCAUUUGUGGGAACAUCAUCAUCACCAACAAUUCACUGUUUGCUUAAAUUCCUCUUUCAGGUCUCCUGCUGCCGCCGCAUCGGCUGUGUCGAUGGGUCAGUCAUAUCACAGCGGCUCUCGUGGGCAGCCCCGCACCCAAGAACUUCACCCUGCCUAUCAGCGCCGCAGUGCCCCAGGCCCACAGUCGAUGAUGUCAGGUGUACAGAGAUCGGUCAGCACAAGGAACAUAGCACCUCCAGCACUGCCGCCACCACCGCCACCGCCAUCCGACCAUUCUAGAUUUUAUCUGUUCCCAGGUGGCCCAAGUCUGCCAGAGGCGGAGAACCCGGGAGGGGGGCGGUUCUAUGCGUGGGAGAGAGACCGCUUCACUCCCUUCCCUUUGAUGCAGGUGGAUAGGGACUCAACCUGGUGGCGGCCAUUCCCCACGGCCGCCACCAGCCUGGAGGCAGGGAGCCGAGCUGGGAUAUUGCAAUGGCAUGGCUCCGAGAGCCCAUCGUUGCAGGGCCGGCCAGAUGGCCCCUCUCACCGGUCGGCUCAGCCCCCUCAGAUGCACCCCCUAUGA